ACCUGAUCGCAUUCUUUUGCGCCCAACCUUCAAAAAGCUCGUUCCCGGCCAUAGUCUGUUCUGAGAGCUCUGUUCCGUACUUUCCCCGGCCCCCAACCAGUAGACGCACGUCCACUGAAGUGCCACCACUAUGUCCACUGACGAUGGCUCAUUGAGGCCAUCGAAGAGUCCUUCCUCGACGACAGUAGACCAUGAGAAGAACGCAACCCAUCUAAGCUGCGCAGAGGCUGCAAAUAACCACCUGCCUAUCGAGAUUCCGUCAAACAUUGAUUUUAGUCACCCUUACCACCCAAUUCAUUGGCCUUUGUGGAAAAAAUGGUCACUCGCGACCAUUUAUUGUGGACUUGAAGUCUUUGUGACCAUUCGGUCUACAGACUAUUUGUCUGUGUUGACUUUGGUUCAGGAGAAGUGGGGAGGGUCAAUUCAGGUCGUGACCUUAGGACAAAGCAUGUUCAUUAUCGGCGCUGGUUGCGGACCUAUCAUCUUAGGGCCAUUAUCCGAUAUUUGGGGCCGUAAAUGGGUUUACGUGUGGUCCACGUAUCUCUACGCAUUAGUGAAUAUUGGAGCCGCGAUCCCGACGAGUCUACCAAUGCUCAUCGUUUUCAUGUUCUUGUCCGGUGCGACUGGGUCGGUAGCGGAAUGUAAUGUAGCUGGAACUAUUGCGGAUCUGUUUGGAGACGAUGCAGGGGCUGGUCAGGCAAUGGGUCUCUUUGUCGCGUGUGCGUCCAUCGGCCCCACUAUCGGGAGUCCGGUAGGGGCAUGGUUUGCUCAGGAUCCAAAAUUAGGACUGCCUUGGACAGGCUGGAUCAACGUUAUCAUCGGCACCGCGUAUGCUACAGGCAUGGCUUUACUUCCUGAGACCCUUCCAAGUAUCGUCAUUCCAAGGACGGCAAUGGCGGAAGAUGGCUUGGAGUUGGAGUUGCCCAAAAGAAAUGCUCUAGAAUUCCUCACUUUCACCUUGACUAUGGCCCUUAAAAUCUUGCUUUAUGAGCCUAUAGUGCUUUCCCUGAGUCUCUUCAACGGGUUCAUAUACGGACUCGGUUAUCUAUUCCUUGAGAGUGUGAUUUAUGUCUUCGUUGAUAACUAUCGCCUGUCAUAUAUCGAUGCUGAUCUCACUUUUUUAAGUCUCGGAGCAGGGGUGGUCAUCAUGCUCGUCUUCCUUGCACCUGUGCAAACCUGGCUGGUCCAGCGCGACCGCCGGAAGAAUGGUGGAAAGACCCGUCCCGAGGCGCGUUUCUUGCUUUCUCUCGUGACCGUGUGGGGCUUCCCUAUUUCUAUGUUCUGGUUCGCAUGGACCUCUGCCCCCGGCUUGGGUCAUACUUCCUAUUGGAGUCCCAUCUGUGCCGGAAACCGUGUAGCUUUACUCGGGAUUGUCAAUCCGUUACUUUGGCUGGGGAUUCUGAACUAUGUUACAGAUUCGUACCCUAAUCUGGCUGGCUCAGCUAUCGCUGCUACCAUCAUCCCAUCAUUCGCUGUUGGCGCAGGGUGUGCCCAUCUUGGAAUUUAUAUGUUUGAUCGCCUCAGUGCGCAAACGGCAAUAAGCAUCCUUGGGGCCGUCAGCAUGGGUGUGGUCGUCCUCAUUUAUGUCAUGUACUUCUUCGGCCCCGUUUUGAGGGCUCGCAGUAGAUACGCUCGCAAGUUCUAACACCCAUUUUGGUCUUACUCCUGAAUCAAGCUUCCGAAACAUUCAACCCCCCUACACGAACCGGAGGGCGGUGUUUUCCUUAAGGAAAAAACCACUGCCUCUUCUCCAGUCGACUAGGAGACAAAGUUUGGAUGCAUUUUUUCGUGCGAGACUGACCCAAAAGAGUCUUAUCAGUUUGUUUCGCUAUGAGGAUAUAUGUUUACUUAAGAAUGCAGACCCCCAA